AUGAAUAUAAAGUUCGUUUACAACUAAAAGACACAUAAGAUCUCCUCAAAAAAAAAUCAAACUCUGGCUGAAGUUAGAGGUGCUAUCUUAAAUGUUUACCCUAAUGAGCUUCAGAAUGGAUUUACUAUAUAUGCUACUUUGGAUUAAACUCAACCUCCUUACUAAUUGCAGGAUGAAUAGUUUUUUUCUAGAGUAAAGGACUUAUAUACUCAUUUAGGAUGGCAAUCAAUUAAGUUUAUAGUCAAGGACAUCAACAAUCCUUAAUUGACAGCAGAUGAUAUCAACGCUCUAAACUAAAGUGUAGUUAUAAAGUAGAAUGUGCAAUUGUCAUAAUUUGAUGAUAUACUCUAGAAAAAGGUAGCUGAUCAACCAAAAGAGGAGAAAUAAGAAAUAAAGUAAAUUAAUACUCAGGAGUAAUAAAAUAAUGUUGCUGAAGGAUUUACAUAAUAGAUAAUUUAACAGAUUAACAAGCUUUCUUUACAGGAUGUUGAUUGCAAUAAUGAAGAAUUCAAAAAGUUCAUCAUCGAGUAAGUAGAUGAAAGAUUAGUGUUUCACGGAAUCAUUGUAAAUAAUAAGAAGCCGUAAGUUUAAAAGGAGAACCCAAUAAACCCAUAAUACAAGAUGCAAGUUAUUUAUAAAUAGAACAAUGAAAUUUAAAUGGAGAUUGGGAAGCCUUACAAAUGGGAAGUACAUUUAAAAAAUGAUGGCAAUGUUAUUUGGAAGAAAGGCGCUGUUAAGUUAGUUGGUAUAGCUGGAACAUAUAAGGACUUAAAGAUAGAAUUAUAAAAUGAUGUGAAACCAUAGGAAGAAGGAUUGUUUUCAUAUGUUUUGAAUCCACCAGUCUAUGAGGUUAAUAAUGUCAGUAAUGAAUUUAAAUUGGCACAUUUUAACGGGAAUAGGCCAGAGUUUUUUGGAUAAAAAGUGUGCUUUUGUUUAUUCGUGAAGAAUAAUAUUGAAAAAAAUGAAAGACCAUCUACAAUAACCCAGAAGGAUGCUAAAUUUAAUGCUACUAUAAAUGAUUCGAAAUUAUAGAAGAUAAAUAAGCUUACAGAAAUCUUGGGAAUCCAUAAUUCUUAAGCGUAGCAAUUUGUUGAAGAGAACUAAAAUCUAAUGAUCGAAGAACUAGUUUAAGCAUUUCUUGACAAAAAAAAUUGAUUGAGGAUAUUAAAUUAGUAAUAUUAAUACUAGCAUAUAUGUAUA